AUGGACCCCGCCUACCAAAUCCGCACAUCACCCUCUAAACAUCGCGCCCUGCACGCAGCCCGCGCCCUCACCCCAGGCGCCCUCAUCGCCGUCUUCCCCUCCCCAGCCGCGCGCCCUGCCACUCCCGCGCCGUCCUCCUCCCCCCUCCCGUCGCCGGCGCCGGCAACCCUCGCGCUGCCCCCCAUGGCCGCCCGCACCACAACCUGCAGCAGCUGCCUCGCGACGCCGCCCACGCCGCGCCGCUGUACGGCCUGCAAGGCGACGGCCUACUGCGACGCCGCGUGCCAGAAGAGCCACUGGUCGUCCGUGCACGCGCGCGAGUGCGCGGCGCUGCGGGCGGCGGGCGGCGAGGGCGCCGUGCCGGCGUACGUGCGGAUGGCGAUGCAGGUGCUGCUGUGGCCUGAGAAGUUCGCGGCCGUCGAGGCGCUGCUGGAUGGCAAUGUGGACAGGUUCGAGGGGCGGGCGGAGGCGUGGGCGGGCAUGGAGGUGCCGGCCAAGGUCAUGGGGGGCUGGGUGGCUGCUGGGGCGAAGGGGAAGGGGAAGGCGGUCGAGGUGACGGAGAGGAGGGUCGUCGAACUGCUGUGCAAGAUCAAGACGAAUGCGUUUACGAGGAGCGAAGCCGGAGAGGGGCUCUUUCUGGAUACGACCUUGGCCAUGGUGAACCACUCUUGCGUACCGAAUGCUAUUGUCGCGUUCAGUGGGCGGAGAGCGUUUCUUCGCGCGUUGAGAGAUAUCAAGGAGGGGGAGGAGAUCGAGAUUUCGUAUAUUGACUGCACUCAAUCGCUUGAACAUAGGAGAAAGGCGCUUGAGCUGUAUUUCUUCCAAUGCGUCUGCACGCGAUGCAAGGAGGAUCUCGACAACUACCAGCUCGCCGCGCGCUCCCCUACUUCAACCAUCAAGCUCAACAGUUUCAGUGUUGUGCCAGCCCCACACAAGUAUCGCGAAACUCACGGAGAUCUUCAAGGCACCGCCCAGGCCGCCGGCCGGGAACGAAGGGUCUACGGAACUCUGCCCUCGUCCAGAGACUUCCCGUUGCCCGAGAGGCGGCGCCAGCUCAUCCACUCAUACGCUUCGGCCACGAAUGGCGACUCGGACAGGUGGGCUAUCGAGCCGACGAGCUACUUCCUGCAAGAGGCCUUGACCUACUACAAGUCUGUCGACAAGCCCGAGGCCGCGCUGGCCGUUGCCUCGCUGAUUGCCGUCGAGAGCGACCCCUACAAAUACGUGGAGCCCUUCCACGUCCAGAGGGUUCAGGGGCUAAUGGGCGUCGCCAAUAUUCUUCUGGGCAUCCCACCAGGGGGCGACGCGCUUCCCUCGUUUGCCCGACAGGUUGGGAAAUACACCGAUUUCCCGGCUGCCAAGUCGAGCGCCCUGUCCAACGUGGACUUCAUGUCUCUUUGCCAGAUGGUGCUGGUGCUCGUCGUCAAGUGGGCACCGCUGGGACACUCUCCGGAGUGGGAGCUCUAUCUCCUGUACCGGGAGCAGCUGCAAGAGAUCGAGGAACUCCCGGGACGGGACCGUGAGAACGGCAUGAUCAGGGCAUGGGCUUCAGAUCCCAGCCAGAUGGCACAAUUCUUUGAUUUCGCUGUCGUCAAGCCGAUGGCAUUGCUGGCAGAGCUGGGGAAGGCGGUGCUGGCGGUCGACUUUGCCAAGGACAAGAACGUCUGUAAUUUUUGA